AUGAACUCUUUCGACUGGAUGGUCGAGCCUAUGUUCUAGAAAACAAACAAACUAUUUUUACUCAGUUCUUUUUAAUGAAAAUGAAACUGAAACUGAAACUAUAAACUGGAACGCGGAAAUGAGUUUUACGCAAAACGCCAAGACAACUUCCGUCACAGGACGAGGCAGCGGACGAGGAACAAGGGGGGCAGGACGUGGAUCCGUCAUAAAGAGAGGGAAUCGGACAUCAACAAUAGUAAACAAUCAUCCUGUUACCGUUGGAGCAAGGACUGCACCUAGAACUUCACUCCCCACAGUUUCUCCUAGUCCUAGUGUCAGGGGUAGAACUAAUCGUGGUAGAGGUGCAAAUACAAGAAAAACGAUGUAUGAUGAUGAUGAUGAUACUGGUGCCAGUAACAUUGAUCGAUUGGGUGGUCCAGAUAAUCGAAAUAAUGACAGCCGUCCCGAAAACAGAAUUUCUCAUGGCUCUGGUUUUACUGUGAUAUCUCCAAAUGAGAAGAAGAGAAGAGAAAUAAAUCAACAAGCGCAGAAAAAUAUGUUGACAUAUGAAAAACAUAAAGAAGAGUCAAGACUUCAACAUGUUUCUUAUGUUGGAACAGCAGGUGGGGGAUUUAUAUCUGAAAGGGAAGCAAGACAAAGAGCAGCAAUGAAUCAAUCAAAAGCAGCUUUUGACAGUAGGUUAAAAAGAGAAUCUGUCCGUGCAGCAGCUAAACAGCAAGAGGAAGCAGUUUAUGAACAGCGAAAACAAGCAGCUCGAAAACAGGCAGAAUUAAAUGAGCAGAGAGAAAGAGAAAAUGAAAAAAGGAGAAAAGAACGUAUGAAUGAUGACAUGAGAAGGAAGAAUGCUGCUUUCUUGGAUCGUUUAGAAGCUGGAAAUAGUUCAAGAAAGACUAAUUCAGGUGCGGUUAAUUCAAGCUCAAAAUCAAGAAGAGAACCAGAACCAAUGGUGGCUGUAUCAAACCGUAAUUAUCAGAGAGAUGAUUUAGACAGGCUUCAAGUUAUGUUUCCUGAUUGUUCCAGGAAUUAUUUAUCCGAUAUUAUUGAACAGAUGGGCUCUCUAGAACUAGCUGUCAAUGUUUUGAGUUAAAAUUAAAAACAAUUGACAUGUUUUGAAAAUUAUUACAGUCAUCUUGAAAACAGAUGGGAUCUCUAGAACUAGCUGUUGAUGUCUUGAGUGAAAAUUAAAAACAGUUGACAUGUUUUGAAAAUUAUUAGUCAUCUGGAAAAUUUUUAAUCUGAUUAAAAUGAGAUGUCAAUUAUUUUUUGUUUUAUUCUUUUAUAUGGUAAUUACAUUAACAUCUUAAAUAAUUUUUUUAUGUCAGUAUUCAGAUAACAGACUUUUAUUGUUUAAUUAAAACCAAAGGAUAUAUAUGAGUGAUUCUGAAGCAUUUGUCAAUAAAGAGAAUUGUCAUUGGUGAAGCAAAGUUCUGAUGGAAAUGAAAUAGAGUUUAACUUCUUUCUUUUCUGCACCAACCAGACUAAUGAACACUGUCACUUCUGAUAGAAAGUAGGUUAGUUACGGUGUAGUAUAAAAAUCUUAAAAAAAACCAAUUUUAAUAGGGCUAGAAAAUUGGAAAUAAAAAAAAGCAUUAUUUAAAGUCGUAUUUGUGGUUAAAAUACAAUUAACUUGUGUAACCACCACAAGAAAAAAGUCAUUUGGAGCAUUUUAAAUGUGACUGUACAUAUCCAGGUUUAUUUGUCGGAUUUAAUUAAAUGUAUACAUGUACUAUAAGUACAUGUGGUCUGUUUGUGUAAAAGACUUUUUAAAAAGUACAUGUGGACUAUAUAUGUAAAAUGAUUUUUAAAGAGAUAUUGAAAUAACAUGCAUUUUGUUUAGGUUAUUUCUGGUAGAUAAGUUAUUGAUAAAAUUGAUGCAUACAUAAUAUAAUAAUAAUAAUAAUAUAAUAAUAAUAAUUUAUUGAACUUGUAUAGUGCCAAAAUCCAGCUUGUAAAGCCGCUCUGUGGCACUUGUACAAAAUAUAUAUAUGAGUACACAAUGCAAAAGAAUAAGAUAUAAAAUCAUAAAAGAACAAAUUUAAAACUAUUUGGUAAAACAAUAUAAUUGGAUUUAAAAAAAAUAAACCAGAUAAAAUAUAGAUAGAAAAUCGUAACAAAUUAAAAUUAAACUAUUUGGUAAAACAAAUAUAUAGCAGUGUACAGGUAAAAUAUUAAACAUUAAAAUAAUUGGUAAUAUAUUGGUAAUAUAUACAUGAAAUUUAGGGUGAACCCCUGUAAUCUGAGGUAUUAUUAUUAUUAUCAUAUUUAUAUGAGGUAUGUGUCUAAUUACAACAAAAAUUCCUUUAAACUACUCUCGGAGAAAUAUAUUAAAAAAAUUACGUUGAAAAAAGAAAUAAACACAUGUUUAUUUGUUGUUAGAUCGAUUCAACAUAUGUAGGUGACCAGAGUAGGUUUUUUGCCAAAUUUUUCGACUUUCUAUGUGUACCAUGUAAUAUACUGUGAUAAUGAAUGAAACAAAUAAAUUUCAGAAACCUAA